AUGGCGGAGCUACCUGCCACAGAGAUGCCAGGAGAUGCUCUGUGUAGCGGGCGCUUCACCAUCAGCACCCUGCUGGGGGGCGACGAGCCCCCACCGGCCGCCGGUGACAGCAGCCACCCCAGCCACCUGACACACGGCAGCACCUUGUACAUGCGCACCUUCGGUUACAACACUAUCGACGUGGUGCCUGCCUAUGAACACUACGCUAACAGUGCUCUGCCGGGCGAGCCCCGGAAGGUGCGGCCCACCCUGGCUGACCUGCAUUCGUUCCUCAAGCAGGAGGGCAGCCACCUGCAUGCUCUGGCCUUUGAUGGACGGCCAGGCCGGGAGCUGACUGAUGGACUUGUGGAGGAUGAAGCCGGCACCAACAAUGAGAAAAGCUCUGGGGAGCCUGUGCGCUUCGGCUGGGUCAAGGGGGUGAUGAUCCGAUGCAUGCUCAACAUCUGGGGUGUGAUCCUCUACCUGCGGCUCCCCUGGAUCACGGCGCAGGCGGGCAUUGUGCUCACCUGGCUCAUCAUCCUGCUGUCGGUCAUGGUGACAUCCAUCACAGGCCUUUCCAUCUCGGCCAUCUCCACGAAUGGCAAGGUCAAGUCAGGUGGCACCUACUUCCUUAUCUCCCGGAGUCUGGGCCCAGAGCUGGGGGGCUCCAUUGGCCUCAUCUUCGCCUUUGCCAAUGCUGUGGGUACGGCCAUGCACACUGUGGGCUUUGCGGAGACCGUCCGGGAUCUGCUUCAGGAGUAUGGCACACCCAUUGUAGACCCCAUCAACGACAUCCGUAUCAUCGGCGUGGUCACUGUCACCGUGCUGCUGGCCAUCUCGCUGGCUGGAAUGGAGUGGGAGUCCAAGGCCCAGGUGCUAUUCUUUCUUGUCAUCAUGGUCUCCUUUGCCAACUAUCUGGUGGGGACACUGAUCCCAGCAUCUGAAGACAAGGCCUCCAAAGGCUUCUACAGCUACCACGGGGACAUUUUUGUUCAGAACUUAGUGCCUGACUGGAGAGGCAUUGAUGGCAGCUUCUUUGGGAUGUUCUCCAUCUUCUUCCCUUCGGCCACGGGCAUUCUGGCAGGAGCCAAUAUCUCCGGGGACCUAAAGGACCCGGCUGUAGCCAUCCCCAAGGGAACACUCAUGGCCAUUUUCUGGACCACCAUCUCCUACCUUGCCAUCUCGGCUACCAUUGGCUCCUGUGUGGUGAGAGAUGCCUCUGGGGACCUGAAUGACACAGUGACUCCAGGCCCAGGCACCUGCGAAGGGCUGGCCUGCGGCUACGGCUGGAACUUCACCGACUGCGCCCAGCGGCACAGCUGCCGCUAUGGCCUCAUUAACUACUACCAGACCAUGAGCAUGGUGUCCGCCUUCGCACCCCUGAUCACAGCCGGUAUCUUUGGGGCCACCCUGUCCUCUGCCUUGGCAUGUCUUGUCUCUGCUGCCAAAGUCUUCCAGUGCCUUUGCCAAGACCAGCUGUACCCACUGAUUGGCUUCUUUGGCAAAGGCUAUGGCAAGAACAAGGAGCCUGUGCGUGGCUACCUGCUGGCGUACAUCAUCGCGGUGGCCUUCAUAAUCAUUGCUGAGCUCAACACCAUUGCCCCCAUCAUAUCCAACUUCUUCCUCUGCUCCUAUGCCCUCAUCAACUUCAGCUGCUUCCACGCCUCCAUCACCAACUCACCAGGAUGGAGACCCUCCUUCCAAUACUACAGCAAGUGGGCAGCGCUGUUCGGGGCAGUGAUCUCAGUGGUCAUCAUGUUCCUGCUUACCUGGUGGGCGGCUCUCAUUGCCAUCGGCGUCGUCCUCUUUCUCCUGCUCUAUGUGAUCUACAAGAAGCCAGAGGUGAACUGGGGCUCCUCGGUGCAGGCUCACUCCUACAACCUCGCCCUGAGCUACAACAUGGGCCUCAAUGAGGUGGAAGACCACAUCAAAAACUACCGCCCCCAGUGCCUGGUGCUCACGGGACCCCCCAACUUCCGCCCGGCGCUGGUGGACUUUGUGAGCACAUUUACCCAGAACCUAAGUCUGAUGAUCUGUGGCCAUGUGCUCAUUGGACCCCGAAAGCAGAGAGUGCCCGAGCUGCAGCACAUGGCCAGUGGGCACACCAAGUGGCUGAACAAGAGGAAGAUCAAAGCCUUCUACUCCGAUGUCAUUGCUGAGGACCUCCGAAGUGGGGUCCAGGCUCUUAUGCAGGCCUCAGGGCUGGGAAGAAUGAAGCCCAACAUUCUGGUGCUUGGAUUCAAGAAAAAUUGGCAGUCUGCUCACCCAGCCACCAUAGAGGACUACAUUGGCAUCCUGCACGAUGCCUUUGACUUCAACUACGGCGUGUGUGUCCUGAGGAUGCGUGAGGGGCUCAACGUCUCCGAGGUGAUGCAGAUGCACAGUGAGUACUCACUACAUCCCAUCAGCCCCUUGUUUGACCCAGCAGAGGAAGGCAGGGAGUCAGUGGCAGCGGCACUAGGCCAUCUCUCUGUGUCUGGCACGGCAGCCCCAGAGGCAUUGGUACAGGAGGAGCAGACAAGCACCAUCUUCCAGUCGGAGCAAGGCAAGAAGACCAUCGACAUCUACUGGCUGUUUGAUGAUGGAGGCCUCACCCUCCUUAUCCCCUAUCUCCUGCACCGCAAGAGGAGAUGGGGCAAAUGCAAGAUCCGGGUGUUUGUUGGUGGCCAGAUCAACAGGAUGGACGAAGAGAGAAAGGCAAUCAUUUCUCUUUUGAGCAAGUUCAGACUGGGAUUUCAUGAAGUUCACAUCCUUCCAGACAUCAAUCAGAAGCCUCGGGCUGAGCACACCAAGAGGUUCGAGGACAUGAUUGCACCCUUCCGCCUGAAUGAUGGUUUCAAGGAUGAGGCCACUGUCGCCGAGAUGAGGAGGGACUGUCCCUGGAAGAUCUCAGAUGAGGAGAUUAACAAGAACAGAAUUAAGUCCCUUCGGCAGGUGAGGCUGAAUGAGAUUCUGCUGGACUACUCUCGGGAUGCUGCGCUGAUCCUCCUCACCUUGCCCAUCGGAAGGAAGGGGAAGUGCCCCAGUUCGCUGUACAUGGCCUGGCUGGAGACCCUGUCCCAGGACCUCAGACCUCCGGUCGUCCUUAUCCGAGGCAACCAGGAAAACGUGCUCACCUUCUACUGCCAGUGACUAAAGCUGAGGGUGUGGGUGGAGUCAGAACUCUCCAGCUGGAG